AAUCGGGUUAAUGGCCAUUUUCCUUAAUAGAGCAUUGUGACCUGAAGACAGUGCAUUUGUCCAUCACACUCGCUCGCUCUCGGUAAUGUUUCUUCUCACAUUGCUAACAGUGUUUUUGCUCGCGGUUGCAAUCAAAUUUGCAUGGAAGCGCCGCUUUUUGUACAGGGCGGCAGCAAAAUUCCAGGGCCCCCUUGCGCUGCCCCUAAUCGGUAACGCCUGGUUGUUCAUGUGUAAAAACGAAGACAUUCUGAUGAGGAUUUACGGGCUGAGCAAGCAGUACCCUGAGGCCCCAGUGAGAUUCUGGCUGGGGCCCACUUUGAUCAUCAUGCUUUCCAGCCCCAACCAUUUAGAGAAAAUUUUAUCAUCCCCCAAGUUCGCCUACAAACACGACAUCUACGAGCUGCUGAAGAUUUUUGCGGGCGAGGGUUUAAUCACCGGUUCUGGGCCGUUGCAUAAAGAGCACAGACACUUGAUCCAGCCGAUUCUAAACGCGAAUUUCUCCAAGGACAGUGUUGCAGUGGUUCAAAAGCACGCGGAUCGAUGCAUGGACAUUCUGGAGGCCAGAGUGGACCAAGGGGUGUUCGAUGUAGAAAGUGCCAUUCACCAGUGCAUGAUCGAUGCCAAUCAAGAAUUGAUCCUGGGAAGCAAGCGAAGCAGCCAACUUGAAGGGUACAGUGAGUUUGAUCUAGCGCUGAAAAACAUGUAUAACUUGGCCUUCACCCGCCUGGUCAAACCCUAUCUUCAGCCAGAGCUGAUCUUUAAUCUCACUCCCUACAAAAGGCGCCAGGACCACAUGCUGCAGACAGUCAAAAGCUUCGUCAAACAGUUAGUCCGAGAUUCGACGGAGAGAAGAAAGCACUCCUGUCCUUCUGGCGAUUUUUACCCAAUUGUUGACAGAAUGGCGGACGUUAGCGAAGAAAACCCGCAGAUUAUCAGCGACGAGGUGUUUGAGGACCAUAUCCUUACCUUGUACGCUGCGGCAGAGGACCCUUCGACUAUAACCUGCUCUUUCCUAGCUGUGUGCUUUGGGCUGUACCCGCAACAUCAGGAAAAGGCCGCAAGGGAAAUUAGGGAAGUUUUCGGAGACACUCCCCGAGCGGCAUCUUGGGACUCCCUUAACAGACUGCAGUACUUGGACAUGUGCAUUAAGGAAGUUUUACGGCUGUUCCCGAUCGGCCCCAUUAUCCUCCGGAAGUGCACUGCUGAUUUCCGUCUUGAUGAAAAGUGGCUGAUUCCGAACGACUGCGGCAUCGCCCUGCCAAUUUUUACCAUCCACCGAGAUGCCAGAUAUUGGUCGCAUCCAGACCAUUUCCACCCCGACCAUUUCCUGCCUGAAGCGGCCAAUGGGAGGCACGUAUACGCUUAUUUGCCAUUCAGCGCCGGUUCCAGAGGAUGCAUAGGCAAACUAUUGGCCAACACCCUGAUCAAGGUAUUCAUCUGCAAUUUGCUGCAGCGCUUUGAAAUAGAGACGCCGGGCACUUUAGCUGAGUUGCAGCUGAAGAUGGACAUAUCCACGCGUCCGAAACGUGGCUACCACUUGAAGUUGAAAAGGAGAGUGUGGAAAUAGUCACAGUCAAAAUAUCGUAUAUUUAAUAAUAAAUAAGCGAACUGUUCGGGCUGAGAGUUUCGUAAUCAAAACCAGUGAAAAAUUCGGGUGUUUAUCAACACAGCCAUCCAGUUUUCGCAGUUUCUACCUAAAUUGUUUUUAUGAUCGGGAUUGUUGUAAUGAAAAAUUUCCCAAAAACAAGCGAUCUUAUCAU